CCUGGGUGCUUCCCACUGCUCCCCUGCAUACCCUCCAGAGCCUCAGCCUCUCACAGAUUCCUGAACACACACCCCACCCCCGAGACUCUCAGGCUCAUACAGUCUCUGUUGGCCUGCCUCAGAUCACCCUCUAUGGCACCCCGUGCAGCCCCACUUCUGGUCUUCAGCCUGCUGGUUCUCUGGACCUCUCCAGCCCCAGCUCUGGGGGGUGCUAAUGAUGCCGAAGACUGCUGCAUGUCUGUGACUAAGCGCCCCAUCCCUGGAAACAUCGUGAAAGCCUUUCGCUACCUUCUUCUCAAGGAUGGCUGCAGGGUGCCUGCUGUUGUGUUCACCACACUAAGGGGUUACCAGCUCUGUGCACCCCCAGACCAGCCCUGGGUAGAACGCAUCAUCCGAAGAUUGAAGAGGUUCUCUGCCAAGGACCAGGCAGAAGUAGCAACUAUGGGAGGCAGCGAGAAGCGAGCAGAAAAGCAGCCCCAGCACCUGGAGAACAGAAGAGCUGCCUCAGCACGACCACAGCUUGUGGCUGCAGCAAGGACCAAAGGGCAGCACCCUGCUAUCAGGGGCAGUGCCCAGAAGGCGAUGCCCGUGCGACCGCAGGCGGCGCCGGUAUGA